AUGGGUUUGCUCAAGUACUUCCUUGGUAUAGAAGUUCAUCAAAGUGAAUAUGGAGUGUUCAUUUCUCAAAGCAAGUAUGCCGAAAAGGUGUUGAAGAAAUUCGGCAUGCUUGGUUGUAACCCCACAUCUACACCACUUGUAGUGAAUGAGAAACUCAAGAAAGAUGAUGGAGGAAGAAAAGUUGAUGAGACUUACUAUAGAGGUCUUAUUGGAAACUUUUUGUACCUUACACAUACAAGACCCGACAUCAUGUUUGCUUCAAGUAUGCUUUCUAGGUUCACGAGUUCACCUAGUCAUUUACAUCUUGGCGCGGAAAAAAGGUUGUUGAGGUACAUACAAGGAACAAUGAAUUUUGGAAUCAUGUAUUCAAUAAAUUUGGAUGUCAAAUUAGUUGGCUAUUGUGAUAGCGACUUGGGAGGGUGUAUUGAUGACAUGAAGAGUACAUCGGGUUAUGCUUUUUCUCUUGGUUCGGGUAUAUUCACAUGGGCAUCAAAGAAGCAAGAAACCGUAGCUCAAUCCACGGCGGAAGCGGAGUACAUUUCGGCAUCAAUAGCUACAUCUCAUGUUGUAUGGCUAAGAAGAAUCAUGAAAGACAUUCAAGAGAAGCAAGAAGAAAGCACCGUAAUCUUUUGUGACAACAAAUCGACAAUUGCUAUGUCCAAAAAUUCGGUUGAGAAUUGUAGAGCAAGGCACAUCAAAUUCAAGUACCAUUUCAUUCGAGAAGCGGUUGAAGAUGGUGAAAUAGAACUCAAUUACGUAGUGGGUGUAGGACAUCCACAAGUUGUAAGGUCUUUUGUAGACCAAGUAGAAGAGUUAGUAUUAUCUCUUCAACUCAGUGAAAGAGAGAGAGCUCUUGUUUCUGCUGAGCCUUUGCAAGGAGUUGCUACCGAGGGCUUUGCCGACAGCACUGUUGUAAGUCUUGCAACUGCGGCUCCUUCUUAUGGAUGCAAAUUCCAUGUGGUUGUUCCAGAUGCUGCUGCUAUGGAGAAGAGGCUUGAGAUGUAA